UUUAAUCUAAUCAUACGUGAGUUUUUAUUAAAUUUCGAUUAUCAGUUGCGGGUCAUGAUGCUGUAAGCACCUUGACCUCUCCGCCAUCUCCCGGCGCGCUCUCUGUGAUCAAAUGAACUGGUGAUUCUGUUUAAGACAAACGUGUUACAGGUUUAAAUCAAAUAUGUCUAAAACGAGUACUAAGACUUCAAAAAUUAACAAAAAGGCAAUAACAUCUUCUGAUGUUUAUAAGCCUGUUGGACCUUAUAGCCAGGCGGUGCUGACGGACAAGACGCUGUACGUAUCAGGCGUGCUCGGCCUCGACACGCAGUCAAACAUGAUCUGCGGCAUCGAGGGCCAGACCCGGCAGGCGCUUAACAAUCUCAAAAGUAUCUUGGAGGCUGGCGAGAGUUCUCUCCAGGGUGUUCUGAAAACGACAAUACUAUUGACCAAUAUGGAUGAUUUUCCAUGCGUUAACAAAGUAUAUGCAGAAUUUUUCACCGAAGUGUACCCGGCGCGCUCGACGUUCCAAGUGGUGAAGCUGCCGCUCAAUGCGUUGAUUGAGAUCGAGGCGAUCGCACUGAUCGGCAUCAAAGAGGUGGCUUGUCCCUGCUCGCGCUGACCAAAAGCAGCUGAACUGGCGUUUUGUUUUGUUUAUAUUUAUUUGAAAUCUUCGAAAAAAACUAGUUGCGCAUAUUCUUGUAAAA